AUGUUGCAACCUCCUCGAAAAGCAGCAAAUGGUCUCCUUGUUCUUUCUCACACAUGCCAUGUAGUAAUGGUGAUGUUGGUGUUGUUGGUGUUAUUGGUGGCUUGUGGGAUUCCAUACUCAGCUGUACUGGGUGACAGGACUUGCUUUGGAGUCUCUUCAUCUGAUAUUUCAGUGUGUGGAGGAAAGGGUCUGUGUGGAAGCAAUGACAGUUGCACUUGCUUUGAUUUUUCACCCGACAAUACACUUUAUUCACACCCAAACACUGCAGGAUAUUCGAACUCUCUUUCUUUGACAGGUAUUCCUCGUUCAAUGCUUGUUUCUUCAGAUGAGACGUUCAUGCUCGUCAUGCAAAAUGAUGGCUAUUUAGUCAUAUAUGUGAAACCAUAUGAAGAAAUGCCAAUAUGGGCGAUUAGAACAUUUGUAGAUCAAAGUUUUGACGAAAUGAUUCUCAAUACAGAUGGAUCGUUUGAACUGAAAGGACCAAGUAACUUCACUGUUGCUGGUCCAUGUGUCGGAGGAACACCUCCCUAUCGAUUGACUCUAGAAAAUACACGUUAUAUUACCAUCUAUGAUUCAUUGAUGUACAAAUGUUGGACAGCUUUUGUUUAUGAUCCCACUUCCACCAGAAGUUUGAAUGUGAAAUAUGGUGGUCCUCAAUGUUCAGAACCCAUCUGCUAUGGAAUUAAUGGAGGAAACUCAAGUGCUUGCGGAGGACAUGGUAUUUGCUCAGAACCAAACUCUUGCUCGUGUUUCCCUGGAUACUAUGGAGAGAAGUGUCAAUAUAUUAGUUGCAACGGAAUUCCUUCGGACUCCCCACUCGCUUGUUCAUCGAAUGGAAAUUGCACCUCUCCCAAUCAGUGUGACUGUUCUGAGGGAUUCUUUGGCUCCCAAUGCGAAAACUUUCAAUGUUUUAAUGUUUCCAACAUCAAUGAGACUGUAUGUUCUGGACAUGGUACUUGCGAAAAAACAAAUCAAUGCAAUUGCACUCCAUCCGAUCAGUAUUUUGGAGAAGAGUGUGAAAUAACAUUGUGUUAUUCAAUCAUGUCCAAUUCCACCAACCCAAAACCAUGUUCUGGCCAUGGCAAGUGUGUUGCAUUUAACAAUUGUUCCUGUGACUCCUCUGACUAUUUUGGUUCACAAUGUGAUCAAUUCAAUUGCUUUAACAUUCAUAAGGACAGUAGCUCGGUAUGUAGUGGAAAAGGAACUUGUUCAGGUCCCAAUCAAUGCACUUGUUUGAAUGGCUAUUAUGGAGACACCUGUCAAUUCUUUGAUUGCUAUGGAACACUCUUUUCGAAUUCAUCUGCAUGUAGUGGAAAAGGAACUUGUUCAGGUCCCAAUCAAUGCACUUGUUUGAAUGGCUAUUAUGGAAACACCUGUCAAUUCUUUGAUUGCUAUGGAACACUCUUUUCGAAUUCAUCUGCAUGUAGUGGAAAAGGAACUUGUUCAGGUCCCAAUCAAUGCACUUGUUUGAAUGGCUAUUAUGGAGACACCUGUCAAUUAUUUGAUUGCUAUGGAACACUCUUUUCGAAUUCAUCUGCUUGUAGUGGCCAUGGAGCCUGUCCAUCGCCAAACAAUUGUAGUUGUCUGCCAAAUUAUUGGGGAGAAAAAUGUCAAGAAUUCCAAUGUUUUGGUAUUCAUAUGAACUCUUCUUCUGUUUGUAAUGGAAAGGGACGUUGUAUUGAUUAUAAUAUUUGCAGUUGUAUCACUGGCUAUGAAGGAGUCGACUGCUCUCUGAAUUCGAACUCGAUCUCCUUAAUUGCUGAAAAAACAGAAUACUUUAUUUCGAGUAGAAACAAAACAAUUGUAUGGAAUGGUCAUGUCAUCAAUGACAACACGACAGAAGUCCUAAAUGAAACUAUUGUUCUCAUGAUUCAGUGCAUGAAUUGUAAUGGCACACACGAAAGUACAACUCUAGUCAGGACUCUCUCGAACAAAGAUACAAAGAUAUUCAAUCUCUCCUUGUUUAACAUUUCAACUGCUGGGAGGUAUAGAUUUGUCAUGAAUGCAACUCUCUUCAACAACCAUUCAUCUUAUAGAUACUGGAAGACAAGAAUGGUCGAAUUUUAUGUCACCUUUAUAGGAGAUCCAACACUAGUCCUGUAUGGUUUACCUCAAGCAUUUGUCAACGCGAAUGUCGAACAAUCUUUUCAGGUCAUACUUUCAGGUGUGAAAUUUCCGCAAAGAUGUGAAGAAAUUCCCAACCAUUUCCUUGGAACGAACAAGGUAAUGAAUAAUGCCUCACAAUUGGUUUCAUUCUCUUUAGAACUUGUAGACUUUUCGAAUAAUGAAACUCAAUGCUUGACCUCUGGAAAGACAUUUGCUUCUGGAACUCUUCUUGAAGAAGGAUGUUACACAACUUCGAUGCUUUCUCCAGUCAUUGCAUUGCAAUGCACCUUUGUGUCUAAAGGAGCAUCCUUGUCACCACUCUCUCUGAAGGUUGUGCUCACCAACGAUAUGGACACGGCAGAUACUCUACAGUUCAGUUAUGACAUGCCAUUGCUAAGUUUUAACGUACCAUCGUUAAGAAACAAUGUGACGAUCGCUCCCAUGAAUGGAAUUGCCCUUGACACUCUUUUUUCUGUUUCUCUGACGGAUUUGGAUGAAUUAAAAAACAUCCCUUCCCUACUGAGUCCCUUAGAAUUUGCUUUCGGAUUUGUUUGGAAGGAUGCACAGACAUCAAAGAAUGUCGUCAGAUUGACACCUUUUUCACUUCAGUAUGAAAAUGUCACAUUCGCUCUACCAUUUACUUUCUAUCAAAGAUCAAAGCUUAAAGAACUAUUAGAUAUUGUAGUAUUUAUUCGAGAUGCGUUCUCCAAUGAAUACCCUCAAAUUAUUGGUCAAGUGGAGAUUUACCCAAACACCAAUGUCAACAAUUUGGCUGAGAAAGUGAAAAAUAAUAAGAUUUUGGCAUUGGCUGCCACUUAUGAUCGUUCAAUUCUCUCCUCACAAACAUCCAGCAAUGCUUCUCUUGAAAUCACCCUUUACGCUCUUCAACAGUUAAACCUCUCCGCUCUUAAUAAGGACAAUUCAGAAUCCUUACAAGCACUAACACUUCAUUCAGAACAAACCUUAAUAGAGCAUCGAAUUGCUUCUGUAAUCACUGAUAAGCUUGAUCAAUUCCUAAGUGAAAUGAAACAAGUCUAUACGAAUGAAAAGAUGGAAUUGGGUUUUGUUCAAAACAAGGCAGAUACGGAUUUACAAUCUUCUCUCGAACUCGUAUCCAAUUUAAUGAAACAAGGAUUUUCCAAGGAUGAAAUUGUAGAACUUUGUCAACAAAUUUCAACCAUUGCACAAAUUGGAGAGAACCCAACGUUGCUCCGUUCUGAUUCUUCAAACAUACCAAAGAAUUUAUUCUCUGAACUUGUGAACAUUUCAGUGAUGAGCUUCAUACCGGAUGUUUCUCUUCAAAAUCAUUCAAAGAAUACAUUCCUGCAAGAUGUAGAGUUCAAUCUUCCAAAUAUUCUCUCAAAAUAUCAUGGUUUCUUCCAGGAAAUUGGCAUCAAGUUGGUCUCCUUUGAAGAGGGAGUGAAAACUCUCCAAUACGACCAAAAUCAACUCAUUUCACAAGUGAAAGAUUUCUCCUUCUCAAGGAAUAUGAAAGAUCUUGAUUUACGGGAUUUGUCAGAGCCAGUAAUGUUAUCCUUUACCAUUCAAAAUCAAACAUUAGAUCUCAAUAUUUCACAACUGUCAUGUCGAUAUUGGAAUGAAACGACCGAAUCAUGGAAGACGAAUGGAUGCGUGCUGGUGAAGGUGGUGAAUGAAACUCGUCAAGUAUUUUGCUCGUGCAAUCACACGACCAUGUUCUCUGUGUUCUUGCAUCAUGACAAUUCCUCGAUUAUGGAAGACCCUAUUCGACAAGAAUUCUUGGCUACAUUAUUUAUUGGACAAAUAACAGUGGGAGCUGUGUAUUUCCUUGUUUCAUUAGUGAUACUGAUUGCACUAUUCAUCUUUCGAUCGGAACAACCUGUCAAGAGUCGAUUAUUCACUCCCUAUGUUGGAAUGGUCAGCUUGAUGAUUCAAAGUAUUUUAAUUUCUAUCACUCAGAAAGGAGUUCUAUUGUCAACCGUGCAAGAGAACGUUUCAACUCAAUCAAGUGUUGCAAAGUGGGAGGGCCCAUUACAAAGCGCCAAUAUUCUUGGUAAUGUCGUCAUGAUUAUUUCAAAUACUUUUAGCAUUACUGCCAUUGUGUUUUAUUUGCUUCAAGUGACUCGAUUCCAAUUAUUGAAAUAUUUCUAUUACAAAAUGAGUAUGAACAAUCAUGAAAGCGCUUUGCGAGAGACAAAGGAGGUACCAAAACUAAUUAGUAUUUCAAUGACACCAAAGAUGAUCAAGUUCAUGAUAUCCAAAAAGUUUUCUUCACUCUUGUUAGUGAUUUGUUUGGGUUUGAAUUUGGCUUUUUGGACUUUAUUUGUGAUUUUAGUAAGAACAGAAACAAUGUUACCCAUAACAUACACCUUUAUUGUGUCAAUUUCAUACACAGCAUUUAUAUUAUGUUGUGGACUAUUUAUUACGGGUGUCUGCGUGAGUGAUUUCCUAUAUUCAUUUAUUUUCUCGUCACGAAAGCAACAAACAGAUCAAGAAGGUACACAAGUGAUGUCCAUUGCGGCCCAACACACGGAUGAAAAGCCUAAAGAUAAGAAUGGUGAGGUAGUGAAAAAGGUGACCCAAUGGCUUCAAGUGAAACCUCUUCGAGAUUGGUUUGCAACAUUGGAUGCUCCUCUCUAUUUCCGAGUAGAAAUGAUUUUAUUUGUGUUGUGUUACGUCUUUCUAAUUUGCAACCAACUGACAGGUCUUUAUACCUUAAUGAACAAGGAAAGUUCCUCACAACAAGUCAUGGCCUUAGAUGUGAUAUCAUUCGUAUUUGAAAUUUUAUAUGUCGCAAUGUAUAUCAUGGUCUUUGGUGGCUUUGCAUUGCUUGUUUUCCUUGUUAACAAAUUGAAAGCUCUUUCCAAACAUCACAAGAUUGGUCAAGAGGAGCCACAACAAAAUCAAACUGAACUUCAAGCCCUUUUGGAUUGCAAGGAAGGAAGAGAACUUCUUGAGGAAUUUUGCAAAAAAGAAUUCUCAUUGGAGAACAUGUUGUUGUACAAGGAACUAAUGCAUUUUAAAACUCAACAAUCACUCGCUGCCAUUCAUUCUUUCAUGAGAAACAUUCAUACGAAUUACAUUAAUGCAGGAGCCCCAAUUGAGGUGAAUAUUCCAUCCGAAUGCAGAAAAGAGUUUAUGAGAGUUUUUCAAGAGCUCAAGAAUGCCACUUCACAAGAAUUGAAGGACAUCAAGAAUUCGCAACAGUCUCCAACUCAGGAAAUCCAAUCAUUUGAACAAUGCAUGAAUCAUCUCACUCAAGAAAUUCUAUUGAAUUUAGGAGAUACCUUCUCGAGAUUGGUCUUGACGCCACAAUACACACAAUUUCUGUCUGUGUUGGAAAACAAGAACGACAUGAUGAAACAAGUAAAUCUUUUGUAA